AUGCAAUCUGUAUACGUCGUUUCCACUGCCAGAACCCCGAUUGGCGCUUUCCAAGGCUCUCUCUCCUCGCUCACCUUCAGCGACUUGGGGGCCCAUGCCGUUAAAAGCGCCUUGGAAAAAGUGCCCCAGAUCAAGCCUGAGAUGGUUGACGAGCUUGUUUUCGGCGGUGUCUUGCAAGCCAACGUGGGCCAGAACCCAGCCAGACAAGUUGCUUUGAAGGCCGGUCUCCCCGAAGAAACCAUUUCUUCCACCAUCAACAAGGUGUGUGCCUCGGGCACAAAGGCCAUCAUCAUCGGAGCCCAGGCCAUUCUUACAGGCACGGCCGACAUUGUGGUUGCCGGAGGCGCGGAGUCCAUGUCAAACGUGCCAUACUAUCUCCCCAGCGCCCGCUCGGGUGCCAGAUUCGGCGAUGCCACCAUGGUUGACGGUGUCCAGAAAGACGGCUUGUUGGACGUGUACGAGCAGAAAUUGAUGGGCGUGGCGGCCGAGAAGUGUGCCAAGGACUACGACAUCUCCAGAGACGAGCAGGACGAGUUUGCCAAGAACUCGUACCUCAAGGCCCAGAAGGCCCAGACCGACGGCAAGUUCAGCGGCGAAAUCGCUCCUGUCACAAUCAAGGGUGUGCGGGGCAAGCCCGACGUGGUUAUCUCCGAGGACGAGGAACCAAAGAACUUCAACGAGUCGCGCCUCAAGACUUCCAGAACCGUGUUCCAGAAGGAAAACGGAACCGUGACUGCCGUCAACGCGUCUAAGUUUAACGACGGCGGUGCUGCUCUCGUCUUGGCCUCCGAGGCCAAGGUCAAGGAGUUGGGGUUGCGCCCCAUUGCUCGUAUCUCCGGCUGGGGCGAGGCCGAGAGAUCGCCCAUCGACUUCACUGUGGCGCCCUCGUUGGCCAUUCCAAAGGCCUUGAAAUUCGCCAAGCUUUCCUACGAUGACGUGGACUUCUACGAGUUGAACGAAGCCUUCGCGGUCGUUGGCUUGGCCAAUGCCAAGAUCUGCGGCUUGCCCCAAGAAAAGAUCAAUGCUUACGGUGGCGCCGUUGCCUUGGGCCACCCAUUGGGCUGCUCGGGCGCCAGAAUCGUCGUCACUUUGCUCUCUGUGUUGUCUCAAGAGGGCGGCAGAUACGGUGUGGCUGGUAUCUGCAACGGCGGUGGCGGUGCUUCUGCUCUUGUUGUUGAGAAGCUCGAUAGCGAGGCCAGAUUGUAA